ACUUCAGACUUCGUUCAGAAAACACACAGGGAUCAACAGCGCACGAUAGGAUCUUGGCCGCAAUCUUCUCUGUACUCCUCAACCACAAAAAUGUCUUCAGAAACGGAUAGAGCCCAGGUCUACCUGGUGACAGGAGGAUGUGGUUUUAUUGGUGAAAAGAUUGUAGAGCUCCUGUCUCAACAAGACUACAUCAAAGAGGUCAGAGUUUUUGAUUCAGGAGCAAGAGAAGAAGAAAAAUUCAUCCCAGCUACCACUCAUGUGACAGUGAUGAAAGGAGACAUUCGAGACUACAAUCUGCUCCUUGCUGCCAUGCGGGGUGUUCACGUGGUUAUUCACACAGCUGCUAUUGUGGACUACAGAAACACUGUGCCCUUCUGGGAAAUGAAAGCUGUCAACGUUGGGGGUACUGAAAACGUGUUAAGGGCCUGCUGUGUCCUGAACAUCCCAUAUGUUGUCUACACAAGCUCCAUCGCUGCGGUGGGACCUAACACCUUGUGUGAGCCCAUGUGCAGAGGAAACGAGGACACCAAAUACAGCGGGGAAGUGGAGCUUCCUUACGGGAAGACGAAGGCCAUGGCAGAAAAACUUGUAUUUGAAGCCAAUGGAAAAAAGCUGAGCAAUGGUGGCAAACUCACAACCUGCAUCAUCCGUGCGAACACAGUAUAUGGGGAGAAGGCAACAUUUCUGCGAGACCUGUAUUUGUUUGCCAAAGCCAGGAAUGAUGUGUUGAACUACCUGGAGCCUGAAAACACCGAGCGCAAUUCCACGUAUGUGGGGAAUGUUGCAUGGAUGCAUGUUCUUGCAGCAAGGCACCUGCAGCUGAGACCAGACUUACUCGCCGGUCAAGUGUAUUAUUGCUAUGAUGACACUCCAAGAAAAGGUUUUCUGGUCAGGCAUCAGAUCCUGUCUUCUAUGGACCCCUCAAUAAGGCUGGGCUCGCACAUCCCUUACUGGAAGAUGUGGUUGAUAAUACACCUGCACAGGAUAAUCAAGGUCCUCUUGUACCCUUUCUGGAAGCCGCAGCCGUUCCUAAACUUGCCUUUACUGAACACAAUAGUCACCACCUUCUCCUAUGAGACGGACAAAGCCUUCAGGCACUUUGGGUACAAACCCCUCUUCACCUGGCAGGAGAGCAAGCAGAGAACGGCGCAGUGGCUGAAAGCAGCUGCAGGGAACCUAUCCUGUCCCCCAUCUUCACGAGAAGGAGAAUUAAAGCAGCACAUUUGGGUAAAGAGAGAGCGAGCUCAUUGCUGAACUUCACAACACGCUGUGGUCUCAGGCAGCUGGUGGGAUGGCUGUAACCGACUCACACACUCAAGGGGUCUUCCCUGAUAGUUUCUGGAAGAGCAAGGAAACCCAGCAAGUUCUUGCUCUGUUUUAGGGCUUGAUGGAAAAGAGGUAGCUCUGGAAAGAGAAAAAUGCUACCUCUUUUUAAGAUUAUUCCUGUUAUUAUUAACAUAUGAAUGAUUAUAUCUGUUUUGAAAUGUUAUUCCUAUAAAAUAAGCCUGCAGUCUCUUGUACUGACAAUGAAUAGCCUACCUUACAUCCUAACCAUGUGCCUGGACAUCUGACCAAGCUUAGAGGUGGUUACACAUAGGUUGUAACUCAAAUUCUCCUACCUUGUAGCACUGUAGCAGCAAAACAAGUUAAAGGCCGUGUUCAGCUGCUGCACAGAAGGCAGACAGCAACUUGGGUGAAAGCCUCAGGGGCUGCAUUUAUGCUAAAUAACGCCUGAACUUUGGGCAGAAGAGUGCAUCUGAACUCAUUCUGUGGCACUGGAGCUACAGUCUGUGGGGGAACAAUAUUUCAGAGAUAUUUUCUUAGCACAGAUGGGGUGGGCACUUACAGAGGAUUCACAACAAAAGCAAAGCCUGCGGUCGGAUCAGUUUGCCAGUUCCUCUACCUGUAAGGCAUGCAGAGGGGCUGACAGACCUACAUUAAGCACAACAGAUUUCAGUUUUCACCUGAGCUUGGAGGAAUGGGCUAUUUUUACAAUACUGGUUAAAAUUUAAAAUUAGUUUUGUUGUUUUGAGAAUGUUUGAAGUAUUCCUGUAGUCUGUGAACAUGUAACCACCUCCUGAGUUUUCCUACAGUUACAAUGUACAUAUGCACAAAUAAAAGCUUAUUUUAAUUACUUCCCUAAUCCUCCUGGAAAAAGCAAGUUUCAGCAUGAUAUCUUUGAUAGAAAUGAUCAAGAUUUGCUUCUUGUUAGUCAUAGCAAUUACUCAGGAAGGAAAGCGAAGCGAUACCGUGUGAGCUGCCAAGUUAACUUCACCGAAAUUCAUACUCACAAGAGAAUUCUUGGGAAAAUGAGCUCACAGAUCUCAAAUCAUUUGCUCAGGUAAUUCAUGAAUAAUUUCAAAUGACAAAUAAAUUUAGGGCAAACAAUCUGUUCAUAGAGAAUGUGGGAAGCUGAACUGUGUAAGUUACCAGCUCCCUACUUUUUUACUCAAUCCUUUGCGCUGGGAAGUUUUUCAGAAAGGGAGUAACAAGAUUGCUGGGUUUUCUAUUUCAUUAACAAUUAGCUGGGCAGCUUCCUGCUAUAAUUUAAAUGGUAAAUGACAGCUUGCUAAGAAUUUGACAAAGAAAUAUAUACCCAAUUUCUCAUGUGUGUUGCCAGAGCAUCGCUGCAGUAUGACAACGUCGACUGCAACAGGUUUUGAUGCUUCUGAAGCCUUGUUUUUAUCUUGCCAAAAAAGAGCCACUGGGUGGAGCUGCAAGUCUGUGAGACAGGUACCUUCGCCGUGUGAUUUCGAGUGUUGCAACAGCUUUGGCUUGAGCUAUUUUAAAAAAGAAUCCGAAGACCUACCCAGAAAGCAAGGCUGACGGAUGGGCUGGGGGUACCUGAUCAUCCAGGUUUGUCCUCAGUUUGUGGCAUUUGGAGUUUUGGACUUCCCUCUGCUGCCUGGAUGCAUUCAUCUUUUUAUCCUCGUAUAGGUGUAUCAUCAAAGAGACCAAGAAAAUUAUUUUUCCACUGGUAACUCAGAAAAGAAUAAAAGUUUGCUUUUUAUUACAAAAUAUAAUGAAAUAUGGUACUCUGACCUUCGAGAAAACUUGGCUAAGUACAAGAGCUGAUGCUGUCAGUCCCAUUUGGAGCCAUUGCUUUAUUCCUUUGUGGGCUCUGGAGUUACUGAAGGUACUGAGUGGUGUAACUGCCAAGCCCCAAUACUACCCUAGAGACCAAUGUAUGCUCGCCUCCUUUCAGAAACCUCUCUGGGAACCUUAUCAUGCUUUUCUUCCUAUCCUGCUCAUCAUCACCUAUGAUUUUGAUGCUUAGCAGGAUACAGAUGACACACAGGAUAAGGAACAGGCAUUUUUAAAGGUAGUUAAUGGCAGCAUUUUUCAAAAGGACUUGAAUAAUUUACCUACUUAGCUUUUUUUUACACCUACCCACCUCCCAAGCUUUGACAAAAGCAAGCAGAGGAUUCCCUUUCCCUGCACAUAGUAGAAGUGGGGGAAAAAGUUAGACAGCAAAGCCUCUGUACUGUUUUCCAAAAAGAUGAGUAAGCUUCCUUUGGCUGCACUGCAGUUUGGCUCCUCCAAGCUAAUGCUGCUGCAGACUUCCUGUUAGAUCCUUGAUUUUAUCAGAUUAUAACUUGUUUUCUCCUGGCAGUGCUUUAAUUCUUUCUACUGCACUGGGUUGUCAUUGGCUUUUCUUUUCAGGGUCCCAGCCCUAUUAUGUAACAGCAGCAGAAGUAGGAAAAAAAAAUAAAAAGAGGAAAAAAAAAUAUUUCAGAUCUGUUUCUACUUCUGGAAAGGAGCCUUUGUGCACAAUUACUCAUCCAAGAGAUUCAGCAGGUAUAACUGCUUCCCCCAGGGGCUCCAUUAUAUAAUUGGAUUUCAGCCAUACAAAUUAAAUCCUAUCUUACCCCUUAGUUAAGCCAGGCAGUAAGUAUUUAAUGCUAAUAUCCCUGACAACUAUUGCAGGGAGAAGCAGAGAUGAAGCACAGAGGAGACAGAUGCAUGCUUCUCUGCUGGAGGAGCAGGGAGGAUGAGCAGGGAGUGCACUGACAGAAAGGCACCUGCUAUUUUUUAAAGCUGGCUAAACUUCCCCAGCGCGAGCCAUGGCGUCUGCUGGCGGAGUUGUCUGAGCUGGAACGUGGUUUUUCCUCCGUUUUCCGCCUGCCGAUGUUCCCAUGUGCGUACUGAGCGUUCAUCCCCCCAACACACACACACACACUUCAAAGAGCCGCAUGCCUAACCCUGUUUGAGUUUCUAUGGAAGUCUCUGUUCUUGUGCAACGUCUGAAAGAAGCAAGUUUAGUAACAUUAAAACUCAAGCCAAACACACAAACAAGCAAAGAAUUCCCAAAUUAAAAAGAAAAUCUUAACCGAGUUACUCAUUCAUCUGCAUUUUCUAUUGCGCUCUGUCUUCUCCGGGCAUGUUUCUUUUAGACAAAGCCCUCUGGGCAGAGACCAUCUCUUUUGGUGUCUGGUACAUCAGUCACAUAGUUAGUACAUAGUAAUAAAGGAAAAUAGAUUCAUGGUAGGAGUUAAACCAGUCAGUCUGGUACCGUAAUUGGAACAUAAUCUCAUAUUGACAGUAUUUAACACAGGAUGCGCUGGGAACAGAUGGCAGCACGCCAGGCCUCAAUCGUUCAGCAAAUAUUGGAAAGAUAUUUUCCAAGUCCAGCUUCUCAACCUCAUCUCUGAUAUCGGAAGCUUCGCUUUCCCCAACGGGACUAGAUAUACUCACUAAUCCUGGAAAAAGCCCGGUGCACCGUGUGCUUCUGAGCUUGCAGGCAAUUUGGCUAGCAGAGUUUCUGCUGGUAACUAUCUUACGAAUGUUUAGAGAGAGAUUUGAAAAAGCACCGAGGGCAAAAGACAUCCAUUGGUACACACUUGCACGCCUUCCCCUUGCAGACAGAGACCAUCGUACCCAUGACACAAGGCACGAACCCACGUGCACUUCCUGAGCCAGGGAUACCCACCAGCAUGCCGGUCUGCCUUGCCUUUCAUCUCUCAGACCUUCAGUCUUACAAUUAACUCACCAGGGACACAAUAGCAGUACAGAGCUGUUCCCUUCCAUAAGCCUAAAACGCUGAGCAAAGGAAGGGGAAAGGAGAGGGAGCCCAGUUAUGGCCGAGACGCAUCCUGCAGUAUGGAGCACGACACUGUGAUUGCAGGAAUAAACUCAGCUUUCCAAGGGUACGGGAGAAGUAUACCUUGCUUUCUGUAUUUGCUACAGAAAGUUUAAAUUGAUUUUUCUCUAUUUCAGCAAUUAAUUUCCAUUAAUCAGGUUACUGUACAAUGCUUCACUAUAAUUCACAAGUUUUAUGUAUUAUAUGAAUAAAAUUGCACAUAUAUUUUUA